AUGUAGACAAUAGCAUUUUAUAUAAAAACUAAAAAAAUGAAUAAUAGACUAGAAGCAAAUAAUGAAAUCCAAAUUCUGAUGUAUAAAGUGCAAAUUAAGUAGUAAAAGCAAGAACAAAUCAGUCGAUGCAGAGAAAAAGAAUUAUAUAUAUAGACUAUAAUAAAUUAAAUUGAGGCUGAUCUUAAAAAUGAGAACGAAAAGGAAAAUUAUUAAAGAGGAAGAUUAUGAUAAUAAUAAUAAGGCUAACCAAAAUAUUGUGAGAGGAAACAAACUUGUGUGAUAAUUAUUUGGAGGAACAUAAUAGAGAAGAAGAAACAUAGGAAGCCCAAAGUUAAUCGAGUAGUAAACACAAUCCUAAGAAAUGAACUUGAAGACUAAGAUGAAUCAAAUAUGAAUUAAUAUC